AUGAAUCGGCUCGUGAAUGCGCUCAUGCUUUCCAUGAGUUUGGGAUUGAAACCCCACGCUUUGCAUGAUCGGGACAUGGCCUAUGGAUUUGACACCAUUGAACCAUCGGCCAACCUCACAUGGACACCAUGUUUCGAUUCGUUUCAUUGCUCUAAACUGGAAGUUCAUUUGGAUUAUUCAAACAGAAGUCUUGGUACGACGUCGAUUGCCUUCAUCAAGUUAGCCGGCAAAAAUGCCACUGUGGACUCUCCCAGCAUUGUACUCAACCCCGGCGGUCCGGGUGGUUCUGGUGUCGACCUACUCCUCACAUACCAGAAUCCCAUCGGGCAGAUGCUGGGAGAGCAGUACAACUUUGUCUCCUUUGACCCUCGCGGUGUGAACAACAGCGGCCUGCAUCUCGACUGCUUCUCAGGGAACGCAAAAGCAAGAUCAGCUUUCUAUCGACUGCACAGAACAGGCGCCACCAAUAUCUCAUCAACGUCGCUUGAGGAACAGUACUAUUCAAGCUCUAUCUACGGCGAGUGGUGCAACAAUGCUGUCGCGAACAAGUCACCCCAUUCAUAUUAUGUGACUACGCCAGCGGUUGCCCGUGAUUUGCUCGCAUUUAUCGAAGCCGAGGCUGAGUUGGCCGGUCAGUCACCAUCAACCGCCAAACUGUGGUGCUAUAGCGUCAGUUACGGCACUGUCAUCGGCAGCACUUUCGCCUCCCUGUUUCCUGACCGCGUGGGGAGGAUGAUACUCGAUGGGGUUCUGAACGCAGAGCAAUAUUAUACUAAUUAUUGGACGGACAACGUUGAACAAAUGGACGAGGCCAUGGAAUCAUUCUCGGCCUUCUGUCAUUCCGCUGGGCCAGAAAACUGCUCAUUCUGGGGACCCACGCCGACUAACAUCACGGCAAGAAUGGAUGGCAUCAUCCGUCAGCUUCAGAACCAUCCAGUACCGUUAAGCGGCGUCGGAGAUUCAGACCUGCCGACAAUGGUCACCUAUUCAGACCUCAAGACUCUUUUUCUCAACACACUCUACGCCCCACUGGCAAUGUAUCCAAGAAUGGCCGACAUCCUACACCAGGCUGAGGGUGGGAAUGUAUCUGCUCUUGCGGGCAUGUAUGAACAAUCAAACUCUAUAUCCGAUGCCCGCCUCGCCAUUACGUGCACCGAUUCGUAUCGGAGGAACAGGCUUACUACCAUGGAAGAGUUCAAGACUUGGGUGGAGUAUACGAUUUCCAAGAGCAAGUACAUUGGCGAUAUCUACCCCAUCUACUUGGAAGACGAAAUCAGCGCACUAAACACGCCUACGUCCUUCCCGAUCCUCUUUGCGAGUAAUACCAUCGACCCUAUCACGCCGUUGAAAUCGGCACGCAAGAUGUCUUCUCGGUUUGCCGGAUCGGUGCUCUUAAUGCAAGAAGCCGUUGGUCAUACGGUCAUCGAUCAGGGAGCGUCAGAAUGUUACUUUGGCCAUAUUCAGGCAUACCUCGAAGGCACAGUUCCAUCGAACAACAUUACAUGCCCCAGACAGUACACUCCUUUCAUAGAUGCCUCCCCCCUCUAG